CAUGUGAGCUGUGCGCCCGGUCGGUUAGCUUGGCGGUCUGAUUGGGGCAAUGGCUGCGAACGCAAGAGAAGCCCGAAGAAAGAAAAUCAUGGAGCGCGGAUCCGACCGCUUAGCUCUUAUAACGGGUCGGAUCCAAGAUGUUCAGCCUCCUCCUGCUUCUUCAGCUUUUUCCCACUCCCAACCAUCCGAUGCUUAUGCGGAUUCUUCUCCUGCUCCGUUGAUUAUAAACGAUCAAACUAUUCCAUCCGCAAUUUCCCAUCCUAACUCCGGUGUUUCUCCUCAAGAUGAGGCAGAGGUGUCUGGUCCAGUUUUAUUAAAACCUGAUCCUGUUACUGAUCCUGAUCACUCAAAUCCUUGCAAAAGCAGCAACCAGGCACCUCCAUUGCGUGAAUUGGAGCAUAAUCAAAUUUCACAUGUGCCUACUUCUGAAGUUGAACAAGUGCAAUCACCUCCAGGUUCAACUGUUGUUUCUUCAGAAGUUGAUCAAGUACAACCACCUCCAGGUUCAACUGUUGUUUCUUCAGAAGUUUAUCGACUACAACCACCUCCAGAUCCAUCCAGUUUUAUUCUAGGAGCUGAGCAACAGUCAUCAGUUCAGUCUCGGGACCCUAAACUUUUCACCCCCAGAGAAAUAAGUUCUGCCAUCACUGCAUCAAAGAUUACCCGCCUUUGUUGUUCUGUUGUUGUAGCCCUGCUAGUAGUUUUCUCUUACCUAGGAUUUCCCUUGCUGGAUAACAAAUAUGUGAAGAGUAUACUAAGCUUUAGGCCGCUCUACUUGGUUUUAGUGACAAAUGUAACUGUUGUAGUUGCACAACUUCUUUCCGGCAAACAAAGAGGUUCUGAAAGUGCUGCGGGAACGCAAAAUAGAACUUCUUCUGACGCAGAUCACUGGACUGAACAUCUUGGCAGGGCAUUGGAAGCAGCUUUGGUCAUGCGGAAUGUGAUGGAUGCUAUGUUCAUGGAUUGUGCUUCUUAUGCAAUCACUGUCAUAUGCGGCCUCUCCCUUGUGCAGUUGUUUCGCCAGUAAUUUUUUUUUUUUAAUCACUCUGCCCCUAGAUCUGUUUCCUUUCCCCGCUGUUUGCCUUAUCUUGUUAUUUCUGUAAUUUUUGGAUUGGCCUUCACUGAACAUGACUGACGUUUAGUUCACCUAUAGUCUGGGUUUGGAUCUCCAUUAAGGCUUUGUUCAUUGAUUUGUUUUCCUGUACUACAUAGGCCUUUGGCGAAUAGAAGAGACAUUUGAGUA